GAGGAGAUGGAGGGGAUAUGUGUGAUGCCAGAUAUGAGUAGCAUCAAGUCGGAACACCUAGGUGGGAGUGCGGACAACACAGGUGCGCAGAACGUGGCCAUGGGGAUCAAGUUCAUCCCGCCCAACCGCUUCGAUAUGAACGUGUGCUCAAGAUUCGUCAAGUCACUCAACGAGGAGGACAGCAAAAACAUCCAGGACCAGGUCAACUCCGACUUGGAGGUGGCUUAUGUUUUAUUUAAAGCCGAGUGUAAUAUUCAGACGUCGCCCUCACCGGGAAUACAAGUGCGUCAUGUUUAUACCCCGUCCACCACCAAACACUUCUCCCCCAUCAAACAGUCGACAACACUCACCAACAAGCACCGUGGUAACGAGGUGUCCUCCACUCCUCUUCUGGUCCACUCCCUGUCCAUUCACCAGCUGGCAGCACAGGGAGAAAUGGUUUUCCUGGCCAGCAGGAUUGAACAAGAGACAGUGAUUAACCUGCAGGAUGAGGAAGGCUUCACCCCCCUGAUGUGGGCCGCAGCACACGGACAGAUAGCAGUCGUAGAGUUCCUGCUUCAGAACGGAGCGGACCCCAACCGGUUGGCUAAAGGCAGAGAGAGCGCUCUGUCUCUGGCAUGCAAUAAGGGAUACACAGACAUCGUUAAGAUGCUCAUCGGCUGUGGGGUGAACGUCAAUGAAUAUGACUGGAACGGAGGGGCUCCCGUGCUCUACGCUGUCCAUGGGAACCAUGUACCCUGUGUGGAAAUCCUCCUGGAAAGUGGAGCCGACCCCACCAUCGAGUCCGACUCUGGCUUCAACGCUGUGGCAAUGGGCCAUAGGAAUGUUCAACAGGUGAUGGAGGCCCACCUACUGAAGCUGCUGAUGGGGGUGCGAGAAUGACCAGAGCCCAGGGAAAAGCCACUAACCUGGGGAACACAAGGAGGGACUGCCUGGGAAUGGAAAUACAGCAGACGCCAUAAUGAAGAAAGAAAUAUGGCUGAGGACAAUCGUGAGGCAUGUCUAUGAGACUGUCUCAUCUGUUAAGCUCAUGAAGCAUGUGGGAGUAUUUAUGGAUAGACAGGCAUCCCAAAUGUCUGUUUUGGGUAGACUCCCUAUUGUGUUUGGUUUGUUACAAUGUAAAUAACUUCUGAGCUAAAUGUAAAACUAGUGCAUAAACCCAAACGUUUGCACUAAUCAUGCAUAGAUAAUGGGAGAUGUUUGUGAAAGUCUUGAGUUAAGUGCACACUUCAUUUGAGAAUUCUGCCCCUCAUGAAAAGGGUAUUUUCAUAAUAUGCCAUUUAACAGACGCUUUUAUCCAAAGCGACUUAGUCAUGUGUGCAUACUUUUUUUAUG